AUGGCGGCAGUGAACAACGGUGGCGGCGCCGUCGUCAAGGGGAAGAGAACCAAGCGGCGGAGGGCCCUUCCGGCUCCUCCGGCGGCCUCUCCGGCCUCCUCCUGCACCGGCGAGUCGUCGGGAAGUACUGCCGGAGAGGAAGACAUGGCCAACUGCCUCAUCCUCCUUGCACAGGGGCACUGGAACAGGCACAGGAAGGCCAUCCCGGCGCCGGCGGAAUCCGCCGGCGGGAAGCCCAGAGUGCACCACUGCUCGAUAUGUGGAUCGGAGUUCGCGUCCGGCCAGGCCUUGGGGGGCCACAUGAGGCGCCACCGGUCGGCGAUCGCCGGAGAAACUCAGGAGGCGAAGAAGGAGCAGCGGAGGAGCUUCCUCUGCGUGGACCUAAACCUCCCCGCACCCUCCGACCACGAGGGCUUCCCCUUCGCUGGCGACCACCCGCCACCCGUCUUGGCCGUCGCCGCCAUAGUGGGUUGCCAUCACUGA